AAACUGCAUUCAAAAAAUUCCCGGUUACAUUUACAGUCAUUAUUUCCAUCAUCUGUUUUCUUCUGUGAAAUUUGAAGCUAAUGAAGACAAAUUGCAAACUGAUUACAUAGAAAUACAUGACAGUACGGUACUGACUGUAGCGGGCGCAAGGCGUAUUCAGAAUUCUGUGGAAAUUGGAAUGAAUCAUUGAAUGUUUGUCAGGACUCGGUCCCAGGAAGUCUAACUCUAGCCUAGGCUCUAGUCUCUAGACUCUAGCAGGCCUACUGACUGUCUAGUGAAAUGGAUGAUAUACACGUUGACUCAGUUUCUGUAAAUCUACUAACUGCGGCUGCUGACAAGCAGUCUCUUGUUAGAUCUGGCCACUCGGUAACAGAUACUAUACUUCGAGGUUUACCCAGCCGAAAUCUCUGUCGAUUGGAGAGUUCUUGCCGAACUCUUGACAGUCAAGGAUCUGCAUAUUCGACGCGGUCUGCACACGAUAGACGCCAUGCCUUUCCCACAAUGCGAAUCAGCAGUGUCGCCUCACGAGAGAGAAGACAUGAGGAUCACACUGUGGACAUUGUAGACAGCAUACUCAGCACUACAUGUAUGACAGAUGGCACAGCCCGUGCAGAGCGGAGAUGUAGUGAGGCUAUCCGUGACAUGGCUAUGGGCAUGGCUAUGAAGAGAAGCGUCAAACUAAGAACAGAAGCAAGAAUUCAUCGCCAGAAACGUGGUUGCUUUGGGGAGUUAAAGUACAGCACAGCUGUGAAAUGGAAACGAUUUAAGGAGGAUGUGAAUAAUCUACUGUUUUCGGCUGAACUGUGGAGAACACCACUGCUCAGUGUCACCGGAAAAUUCGGCAGUGGUGUCCAUAGCUACUUCCUUUUCCUCAAGUACAUCCUUCUGCUCAAUAUUCCAACAUGCCUUCUUCUCAUGACCUUCAUAUUUAUUCCCCAUGUCAUGCACCGGUGUACUGCACUGGAACAGAUUCUCCCAAGCCAGAACCUUGAUUUCACUGGAUUGGAACUUAUCACUGGUGGUGGCUUUCUCAGCAGAACAGAGAUGUAUCAAGGAGUCUACGCAAACGGAACUGUCCAACCCAUACCUGGCUAUAACUACAAUAUGAAGAUGAGUUAUUUGCUGACGAUGGUUGCUUAUUAUCUUCUCUGCUUGAUUGUGAUAGCAUCCAGUAUGGCCAGAUCCUACAGAAAGGCAUAUAUUGAGAAAGAUGUCAGCACAAGUAAUGCCUUUAUCUCCAAGGUCUUUGCUGGGUGGGAUUAUGGCGUCACCUCUAGUGAAGCUGCCCUUCUGAAACAGAAGAGCAUCUAUUUUAGUUUGCAGGAGCUGCUGAGUAGAUACCGCACUACAGAACGGCGAUCCCUCCUCAAGGUCGUUGAGCUGCUCGUAUGGCGUGUGCUGAUGACCCUGCUGUCACUGUUCCUCCUGACAUGCUCCUGCUACCUAGUCCACUUGCUGCAGUACACCAAAUCUCUGCAGGGCACGAAUAAAAAGCUUCUGGAUGGACUGCUCAUACCGGGUUGUGUAACGCUACUCAACCAGCUGCUGCCAGCACUGUUCACAUUUAUUGCCAGGAAGGAGGGUUACAACAGCGCACGCGGUGGACUCAUCCUCACCAUGCUGAGGAGCAGUACACUGCAUGCCCUCACACUCGGUACAUUAAUGUACUACUGGUACAGAGACGGCAUCUGUGAUCCAAAGAAAAAUACGCGUUGUCCCUCCUGCUGGGAAGUGAACGUUGGCAAGAACGUCUAUCAACUAGUCAUCUUUGACUUCCUCCUUAGUCUCGUCAUCACCUUCUUCACUGAGUUCAUGUGGAAGGUCCUAUCCUCCGUGUGUUGUCGAAAAACCAUGUCUCCUCCACAAUUUGGCAUUGUGGGCAAUGCAUUAGAGCUCGUCCACUCACAGACUCUGUGCUGGCUUGGAGCUUUCUUUUGCCCAGUCCUACCACUGAUCGUCAUUCUCAAGCUCGUCAUGAUCUUCUACAUCAAGAAGGUGACCGUCAUUUUAUUUGGGGACGUGCCUUGUUUGCAGCUGAGCGCAAUGCGAAAUUGCAGGCCGUCUAUGAAUGUGUGGAGCACGUCGCGGGCGUGGGCACACUUCAUGCUCGUCUUCUUCCUCGGCUUUUGUACGGCUCUUUGCUCGACGGGCGUCGCUGUAUUCAUGGUGAAGCCGUCACAGGGCUGCGGACCGUUCCGCAAGCAGCAGUCUGUCUAUGACACUGUGAACGAGCUGGUUAGGUACCUGAUGAUGACUCAGCACUGGCUGGGAACUCUCGUCUCCCUCGUCACCGCACCAGGCAUCAUUGCUGGUGUUCUUGUCGCUCUGUGUACUGUGGUGUACUAUGCAAAGACACUGGCAAGUGGCAAGCAGCAAGUGGUGCAACUUCUACGUGAACAGGUGAUGAUGGAAGGAAGAGAUAAAACGUUUUUGCUGAAGCUGCUGCAGAGUAUAGCUAGUAACGAUGUUUCCGCCCCCAGCUGGCUGUCCUGCAGUACGUCAUCAGGCCAUGCAGAUCAUACAAUUAGGUCUGGCUUCAUAAAACCUACCACCUGAGCUCUGGCAGCAGACCUUAGGAGGUUUUCAUGGGCAACAAGACAAUUAGCAAUCCCCACAGACAACCAUGAUUCUCAGUGGAACACAAAGCAGAACAUGGGCAAGUCGAAGUGCCACGAGUCGGUGCUUCUUGGUUAGCAUGGAUGCCAGUGCUUACCUGCCUGUGGUGAGCAAACGCGAGCAGCUGACUGACUACAUUGCUGACCUUACACAUUUCGUGGCUGGAUACUGACAUGGAGCCGGGUCAAAGGUACUGGAUCGAACCGAAUAAAUCAGGUUCCAAUGUGAACUGCGACGGGAUAUCGUUCACGUGGAAGAAGUGCUGUUUCCUUAAGAAUCUUAGCUGUUCGUUGACACAAGUGCAAAGAUGGAAAGGCAGUCAAUCAGUUGGCAGCAUCUGAUGAGGUGGUAGUUGUGAGGAAUGUUGUACGUAGGAGUCAUCAGAGGUUGUGAACAGGGAGCAAUAGUAUUCGAUCUAAAGUCUUUCAGAAACAACAAGUGAUGUCUACAGUUAUUAUUUGGGAUUUUUGCAAAAUUAUUAUUUUUUACUUUUGUAGUUUAUUUAUUGCAAUAUGUCUAAAUACAAUAUGUUGUAAUAAUCUGAUUUAAAUAUUUACUUUGACAUAUGAAUACUAUCAUUACAUAACGCUCUGAUAUGAAAUGUGAUAUAUAAUCUAUUGUAAUUUAAUUUCUUCUACAUGAUAAUGUAUUUUUUAUUUGUUCUACGUAAUAAUAAUUUACGUUAUACAUAACUGUAUGAAAUGUUGUAAUUGUUUUCUAACAUUGAACGUCAUGUUAUAGCAAAGUUAUCUAAUGACACAUUUUAAAAGUGUUUUUUACGCAGUAAUGUUUGCUAUAUCUUUAUAACAUAGUAUAUUUGAAUUGAUGUGUAGAUGUUUGAGUUGUCCUGCAUGUGUCCGUAAUUAAUGAGUCAUGUCGCCGUGUAAGAAUGAUGUUAUUCAUGCCAGCUUCCUCUUGCCUCUUCCUACCGUUUGUGUGGAGGUCUUAAGCUUUUUUUUAACCUAUAUCUAACAUUAGUACUAGUCAAAUGUAUUAUUAUACACUACCCUUUCAAUCAAUAUCUACUG